CGACACAACAGUGGAGGCAGCAAUCUCGGCCGUCCAAGUCUCCUCCUCCUUUCCGAGCCAAUUUCUACUCUGCUUUGGCUCUCCUCUCGUGCUGCUCGUGGUGCCAUCCUCUCUCUCUCUCCCCGCGACGGUGCCUGUUGCUCCUCUCAUCCGCCAUUGAUGGGGUGCAAGGCGUGCCAGAAGCCCAAGGUGCACUACCGGAAGGGCCUGUGGUCGCCGGAGGAGGACCAGAAGCUCCGCGACUACAUCCUCCGCUACGGCCACGGCUGCUGGAGCGCCGUCCCCGUCAAGGCCGGGCUGGAGCGUAACGGCAAGAGUUGCAGGCUGAGAUGGAUCAAUUACCUGAGGCCGGGGCUGAAGCACGGCAUGUUCUCUCGGGAGGAAGAGGAAACCGUAAUGAACCUGCACGCCACAAUGGGCAACAAGUGGUCACAGAUAGCGCGGCAUCUGCCUGGCAGGACGGACAACGAGGUGAAGAACUACUGGAACUCGUACCUCAAGAAGCGAGUCGAGGGCACGCAGGCGCCGGCAAGAAAAUCCGCCGAGCCGGCCGACGUCACCGGCAGCCCGAACAGCAGCGAGACCGGGCAAGAACGCGCCGUCGCUGAGCAGCCGGCUAGCUCCGAUUCGUCCGAGCCGGUGGAGUCGUCGUCGGCCGACGACUCGAGCUGCCUCACCGAGCCCGCGGCGGGGGCGGGGGCGGGGUUCGCCGCCGUCCGCCCGCACGCGCCCGUGAUCCCCAAGGUCAUGUUCGCCGACUGGUUCGACAUGGACUACGGCACUAGCCUCCCCGGGACGGCACCGGCUGGCCUGGACGCCACGGGCAGUGCCGCCUUCGACGCCAGCGGCGGCGGCGGCGGCAGCCCCGCGCAGGGCCUGAGCCAUCAGUGCUCGUCGUCGGUGCAGGUCGACGGACCGUGCGGCGCCGUGGACUCCCUGCACGGGCUGGGCGACGGCGGUUUCUGCUGGGAUUUCGACGACGCGGCCGAUCACAUGCAAGGAGGAGGGCUCAGCGACCUGCUCUCCAUGAGCGAGUUCCUCGGCAUCAACUAGGCGGGAACGGACACUCAUCCCGAAGGUGGCAGUGCAGAAAGUAGAGAAUUUCUUUCGUACAGUUCGUCAAGAAAGUGUAAAUUCCUCGGUUUUUUCCUCUUUUUUUUCAGAGUUGUAAAUCGUACCGUGGAUGUGCAAUAGUUAAACUUACUGGUUUGUUAGUGGUGAGUUUGAACCUCGAAAUGGAGUCCUUCUCUUCACAUGUUUCGUGUAGUUCGACCUGGCUUUCAGUAUUCUGUUCUCGUCUGAAGAACACCUCACGCUAGCUCUUGGGUGGGUACGAUUGUACAAGCAGUUGCUAUUAAA